GGGGCUCUUGUCAGUGGCACGGCCCGCGCACGCGCAUAAUCUAGCCAUUUUCCGUCCGUCUAGUGGCCGCUCUGCAGUCCGGCAUACUGAAUUGCCCUCCUUUCAUUUUGCCCAGGUUCAUCAGCGUCAGGCUCUGAUACUGCUCCAACGACCUCCCCGUCCGCGACCGCGACCUCCUCCUCGGCUUCCCUUACGAGCUCGGACACGCUAUCACCCACAUCAACGUCCUCGCAAACUCUCACGGACUCGACUACUUCUUUUGUUAGCUCCCGUUCUAUGUCCUCUGCUGGGUUGUCGGCCAGCACUCCCACGUCCUCUGCCGCGCAGUCCUCGCCGCGUUCCUCCACGCAAGCGUCCACCACCGCCGCAACGUCGACGUCAAACUCGGCAAGAUCGGCCACCGACUCGUCUAUGAGCUCAUCGGCAUCUGCUACUACCUCCGCAGCCACCGCCUCGGAAUCCAAUCCCGGGUCCUCCUCUGCCAUGUCUUCUGUCGCUUCAGCGGCUAGUCGCGCGACGACAAGCUCGCCGUCUUCGGCGGUGACGCAGUCGUCGACAUCUUCCACCUCGCAGACUACGUCCGCGAGCUCGUCAACUAGCCAGGAAAGCAGUAGUUCCUCCUCAAGUAGCGAGCAGUCGACCAGCACUACAACCAGUGACCGGGACACUUCCUCUUCGCAGAUCACUACCACUACUUCGUCUAGUCAGGAUACGUCGACGUCCAGUUCGUCUAGCACCAAUCCGUCCUCGAGUUCCUCGUCUACGGAUACGACAACUCAGACGGUCACUAGCUCGGACAGCUCUGUCACGGAGACGGUCACAAGCACAAGCACUUCCUCUCAGUCGCCAUCGAGUGGGGGUCCUAGCUCGAGUAGUCAGACGGUCACCGCAGCUACUACAGCUAGGUCGACGAUAUAUGUAACCACGACGAAUAGUGUCGGGAGGACGGUAACAACCGCUCCGCCGUUUGUCACCGAGACCUCCAUGGUUAGCGGUAGCAAUGGGGCGAGCUAUGUGACUGUCGUCGUUGCAAAUCCGACUCCGCUUACGCAGGGGGACAGCAGUCAGGGUAGCAGCUCACAGUUCUUCAAUAACAAGGGUGCCGUUGCCGGUGUCUUCCUGAUCGUCGGUCUGGCCGCCGCGUCGAUCUUGCUUUUCUUGUUCUUCUGUAUUCGCCGACGUCGCCGCACUCGCAGACUAGAGCACGACACAACAGUCGCCUCGGCCCUCGCAGCAGCUGGCCUCAACCGCCGCCCGCUGGAUGGCGACAUGGAAGGCGCCGCGAAUAUGUCGCAACGCAAUUCGCGGCCUGCAUCCGCUUCGAAUCCGUUCGCCGACACGACGUCGUCCUUGCCUCUGACGACGGGCCGGCCUCCUUCAGCCUACAUGGACGACCCUGCCGCCGGACCCGAGCCCACAGACGUACGGGCAACCGACUUCGACCCAUAUGCAGCCUAUGGCACGAUCCACCCGCCACCCCCAGCGACCCUAGGCUUCCCGCGCCGAGAUGGGUACGCGCCCGCGCGCACGAGCAGCCCGCCGCCGGGAGCAUUUACCGCCGCGCACCCUGGGCAUGGCCACAGCUACAGCUCGCGCAGCGACAGCAGCUCCGGGUUCGGCCACCGCACACAGGGCAGCGCGAGCAGCCACGACCUCCUGCUGGGCUACACCCGCGACCGCGGGCGGAGCGAGCCGACGACCCCCGCGUUGAACGAGGGCUCGUCGGGCGACCUGCUCGCGCCGCCGCCGAGGAACCCGAAGAGGCUGGCGGAUGCGAGUCGCGCGGCGAGUGAGGAGGCGCCGGAGCCGGGCGCGGGUGUGAGGGACUCGACGACGUCGUCGGUUUAUUCUAUGGCGGAGGAAGCUCCGAUUGAAGACCCGAGGACGUCUAAACCUGCUCUUGAGGUGCGGAAUCCUGACGGUGCAAACCUUUCGCGCGAAACGACACGCCGAGAAUGAGCGCAAAACAUUCUUGUUGCAUAGCUACUCAAGGACUUCCUGUGCGGACCUCCUUCGUUUUCUUCACGUCUAUCAUUUUGCUUUGGCCGCACCGUGCGCGAGCUCGGACAUGUGCUCUGUCUCGCGAACGGUGUCGGGUGUUGAGUUACUACGCAUGCGUACGAUUUGUUGACGAUCCAUGGACAGUACCUAGACAGAUUCCGUAUACGUAGCCAUUAGCUUUCCGGCCGGACUCUUCUCGCACCCGCGUUGUAGCGUAUCUAAAGCUCUGCUGGAAUGCAUACUUAGUACAUUGACGUCGUUUGCUCACAUUGUGCAGGCUCGCUGCGGUCUGCGCAAAAGCGAUGCCGGCCGGUGCAGUCGACGUCGGGAUGCAAGUACUACAGUUAUAUUCGCUGCUACUGCGGCUGAAGUUGAGCG